CAAAAGUACAGAUUUCUUACAGUGUAAUUUUUAAGCGAAUAAUAAUAUUAUUAAAACGUAUAAAUUUCAGCUGAAAAAUGUAUUCCAUCUUCUACAGACAACCAGUGGAAACACUGUUAGAAAAAAAGAUAUAUGACAGACCUCUGGCAUUAGUUGCUUCCAAAAAAUCCUACGAUUAUUUUGUUGAUUACACGACUGAAGCGUACAGAAUGUCCAUUCUUGCUGAAAAAGAGGCAAAAAGAUUAGCGGAAGCUAAAAAAGCCACUCAUGAAAUGUCCAAAACAUGGGAUAAUACAAUUGAGAAUAUAAAAAAGCAAAGGAAUAAAGAACUAAUAGCUAAAAGUAAAAAGGAGGAUGAAGACAGAAACCAGUUUAUGAAAGAAAUGGCUGAAAAAAGAGCAGCAGAGAAUUUAGAAGUUAUUAAAGAAGCUAGAAAAUUGAUAUUUCGUCAAAAGCCUCAGUGUCGACUCAUCAAUAGGGCACUUCUCACAUCUGAGUGUCUCAGAGAAUUAGAUGCUCAAAUUCAAUUUAAAAAAACUCUCCAAGGAAUUGAUAAAGAACAAAGAAUUGAAUCAGUGGAGAGACUUAAAAAGGAUGUUGAGAAGUUCAAUGAAGAGGAAAAGAAAAAAGCGGAGGAGCUGGCGAUGAAGAAUAAAAUUUAUGCAGAAGAAUUAAAAAAACAAAUGCAAGUGAAUGAGAGUGACACAAAGCGAUUAGAAAAGAAAGAAAAAGAAGCUGAGAAGCAGGAUUUAAUAAAUAUUGGAAAGGAACUUGAACUGAUGAAGAAAUGUGAACUAGAGGAGGCUGAAAAGAGGAAGAAGCAGUUGAAUGAAUUGUUUCUCGACGCAUUGGAGAAGCGAAAAGAACAGGAAAUAAAAAUUAAACGUGAUCAGGAAUUUCAGGAGCGAGCAAUGGCAGUCUAUAAUAAAACAAAGCGACAAAUCGAAAAAAAAUUGAAAAUGCAGUUACAAAAGGAAAAAGAAGAUAAACUCCGUCGCUCGGAAUAUUUAGGUAAAAAAUUACUCUUAAUUUCAGCGCGAUAA